CGGUGUGGGGCGGAACAGCUCCGGGUAUAAAGUGUAACUUCACUCCAGCAGGAGCCAGUGCGAUCAGCUCUCACCGACGCAGCACCACCAGCCAUGAUCAGAGCCGUGUCUUUGGUGUGCCUUCUGGCCUCCGCCGCUCUCGCCCUUCCGGGAGGAUACGGAGGUGGACAUGGUGGAAUUAACCUCGGCGGUGGCGGUGGACAUGCUGCUGUCUUCUUCGGUGCCGGCGGCCAUGGCGGAGGACACGGUGGCGGCCACGGCGGCGGCUAUGGUGGCGGCCACGGCGGCGGCUAUGGUGGCGGAUAUGGCUACGCUGUUCCCACCCCUUACGCUUACAACUACGGCGUCUCUGCUGGCCAUACUAAUUUCGGCCAGAGUGAAAAGGGCAACGGUUACGGAGGCGUGAACGGCGGCUACUGGGUUAACCUUCCCGACGGCCGCGUGCAGAAGGUGUCCUACUGGGCUGACGGCAGCGGGUACCACCCAGUGGUGUCCUACUCUGGCAAGGCCCACUACCCUGCAAGCUACGGAUACGGUCAUGGUGGUUACCACUAAGACCACAAUUUGCUGUAUGACACUGACAAAAGCACUGAUGGGAUCUUUUUGUGUAAAUUACAAGCAUGUAAUAAAUUGCUCACAUGAA